CGUAGUGCUGUUGAACACACCCCAGCAGAGUAGACAUCCAGUUGAAUUGUGACCAAAACAAACUCAGAGAAUAGAUAUAGGGGGCUAACUGUCACGUCUCGCUUUUCCCCAAUGCCAAGGCAAUUAAAGAAGAGGAUGGGGAUGUGCUUACCGUGCUUCGGUGGAGCUGCGGACGACGUUGUAGUCACCCCUGAUCCCGACACAAGGAGGCGACAGUUGGCUGAGGCCGCUGAGAAGAGACAAAAAGAGACAACGUACAGGGGUGUUAAAAAUCCAGAAGCAGUCGAGAGGAAAAGGAAAAAACAAGAAGAAAUCGAAAAACAGGAGAUGACCACCUCUGUGUCCGGAGGUGGUGGCUUAAGGUGGCAGGUUGGCUGAAAACGCAGAUUGUGCAACCUGAAGUCUUGGUUCUAAAGUCAUAAAGAACAUGAAGUAUUGCUGUAAGAUGACCUGGGAGAAGUUUGAACUGCUGACUGUUUGUUUUUUAUUUGAUUUCUUUGCAUUUUUGAUGAUGUUAUGACAGCUGACAUGUUUCAUGAAGAACAAUCUGAAGUGAUUAGAGACAGUGAAGCAGGACUUAAGCUCUUGUUGCCAAGUUACACGUGCUGGUUUGAACCUUUGGACAUCCAGGGAAGACAAAGAAAUGUGCAAGCAGUUAUAGGUCCUACUGUACAGUAGUUUUAAUAGGUUAUUGAUUGAAGAGUUGUAUAUAACCAAGACUAGAUAAAUUAUUUGAUUUUAAAGUCCAGCAGUAUCUCGGUUGACUGAUAUCCUGUUAAGACAAAGCUUUCCUCAACUCUCAAGUUUUUCCAUUACAUUUGAUUACAGUAUCCACAAUCUGUAAUGAGUCUGACACAUUUCAAACAGUUUAUGUUUACAAUACGCAAGUGGGCUUAUGUAGGAUUAGUUCACAGUAAUAAGCACCCUGAUAACUUUUGAUUAUUUCACCUUAGUUAGGGCUUAUUGGCAACACAAAGACCGGUGCAAACAGCUACUUACCUUGUGCACCUGGCCUUUUGAACUUUGGACUGGGCUUUGCCACUGCCACUUUAAUAAGUCCUUAUCAUUAUUUAGUUUUCUGCACACUUUGAGUUUGUUGCAUUGGAUUCUUAUGUAUACAAAACACUAAUGCAAUGCUUGCUUACUUUAAAUUAUUACAAGAAUGCGUUUGUGAGAUGCCAUAUGAUGAACGGGAGCUAAUGUUGGACAUCUAUUUGCACAGUUUGUCAACAUUUAGUGAACAGCAAAGAUCCUCACUCUUACACAAGGGGUGAUUCAUGUAACUGAAGGAAAGGAAUAGGUUUGUACAGCACAUGUAGUGAAGUAGAUUGAAUGAGCGCAUAUCUUACGGCCUUCACUCGAUCCUUAAAUGCAUCUGGUGCUUUAAACAUUUUGUAGAACAGGAAAUCCAGCCAAUGUUAUUUGCUACAAUAAAUCCCGUUUCUGCUA